CUGACCACAGCAUGUGCUCACACAUCACAGACGGAUCUAGAAGCACUUGAUUAUUUACCAUCGAAUUUGAGUGAAUAAUCGUUCGAAAGUCACACAAAAAUCAAGAUGUAUUCAACUCCAUCGACUUCGUUUGAAAAGCGCGAGACAAGGCUUACAAAAGAUAAUCUUUACAUGGUGUUAGCUCUGUGGAUGGAAAAAUUUCCGGUAAACAAGCUUAAAGAGAACAUAUCGAAGCAACUGUCUUCGCCAUCGUCUUCAACAUCGACUUUGGGGACUGAAUUUAACAAAGUAGGCGUUGUAUUUGUUCAACCUAACGACCACGUUCUAAGCGUUGACUGUAGUCGUGACGACGUCCAUGGAAUUGCUAGAGUCAUCGUUAAACACUGUGAUAAAGCUGAAGGCUGCCACGUGUUCGUUUCUCGAAAACCGUGUUCUGUUUGUGCGAAACUUCUUGUACAAGCAAGAGUUUCAAGAAUCUUCUAUUUACCGAUUGAGCCAGAAUCACAUAAACCAGACGAUCUUGAAAAGGUUGAUCGUAUUUUCAAAGUCAGCCCUGUUGCCCAAUCUAUGUUCGUUCCGUGUGUUGAUAAGAAAGUAUUAACUAAAGAGGAAAUGAAGCGUCCGGCUAACACUACACCAGACGAUGUCAAAACCUUGCAAGAACAACUCUUUGACGAAUGGUGGCAUCAAAGUAUUUUAAUUAACUCUCUUGACGACAAGAUGAAAGAACAAGUUGAAAGCGAUUUUAUGUCACUCAUGAAAUGGAUCGCUUCUAUCAAAGCACCCCUCGAUAAGGCAGAGAUGAAAUUCUACAAGGUCGAAGUUGAACCUUUGACUGACGCAGAAAUGACCGAGUUUCCCGGCGGGCCAGUAGCUAAGCACAUGAUAACGUUUGCCAAGAUGUUGGCUAGGCAAACAGAUGACCCCAAAGCAGGAGUUGGAGCAGUUCUAAUGAAGGGAAAGGAAAUCGUGGGUAUUGGAUGGAAUGGAUUUCCAGCGAAAGCCUUGUAUGGAGAAUUUCCACGGGCCUCGGAUGAUGACAGCGACACGCGAGAAAAGAAGUAUCCAUAUGUAUUACAUGCAGAGCAAAAUGCUUUGAUGCGGAGAAAUGAAAAGGACUUGACAGAUGGAAUCCUGUUUGUCACAAAAUGCCCUUGUGAUGAAUGUGCACCUUUGGUUAAACUGAGUGGCGUAAAAACGAUAGUCGUAGGAGAGGAUCUUAAGAAAAGUAAAGGGGGGAUUUUAUCUUACAACAAGGUACAAGAGUACAUUAAAGAUUCCCGUGGAGAAUUCACUUGCUUAGAAAUGCGUAAAGCAAGGUCACCAGUAGCCUCUUCCUCUUCUGCGCGGAGGAAGUUAAGCUAUGAAGAAGAAAACCAAAAAAGUUAAAAAUUCAUAAUUGAAUUCUAGAAAUUAAUAACAGGCAUGUUAAUUUCGCUCAAUAACAACAAAUUGUGAGGCAUUGUGAUAUUUCUUCUUCAAUUUUAGAGGAUAUUGUUAAGAAGUAUGUUUAGCUUAAUUUGGAGCUCAGAUUAAUGAUUAACUUAAUUUAAAUUUAUGCCUUUAUAGAAUCAAUAACUAAACACUACAACUAUGAAUUGUUAUUUGUUAUGAAUGACAAGUAUUCAAGGUCACCAUAUUUUGCAACAUAUGAAUGUAAAACCAGUUAUAUUGCAAUUGUAUGGUAUAUAGAAUUAUACUAAAUUUUUAAAAAUAACACAACACUUCUAAAGAGCCAAAGGAAUACGAUCACGUAUAGUUUACAAGUUUACUUGGCGAACUUUUUUCACACAUGAAGUCCGUCCAGAAGCUGAUUGUUCUAUCCCACAUACCUAUUUUGAAAGCAAGUAAUAUGUUGCUGAAUUAUUUCAAAGAUCCAUCAAAUUAGCCACUGCAAGAAACAUUUUUGUCCCUAUUGAAUAUUUGAUGAGGGAAUUUUCCCUGCUCUUUCAACCAUGUCUCCAUUGAAGAGAACUAUUCUUCGUUUGCACGUUACGUCAUAGAUCCAACAAAAAUUAAUUUAAACUUGAUUUCCCAUAAAAUCGAUUUUACUUUUAAAUACAGCUUUAGAAAACUAUGUUUCGAGAUAAUUUUUGAACUUAUAUGCGAAUAAUUUGAUGCACAACGUGUUUUAUUUGGUAGCCAAAGUUAUGUCACACAACGCCAGGUCACGCGCAUGAAAAGCAGUGGAAAUCAUCUAAAAUUCUUCUAAAUCGUAGAUUUUUGUUUUAAUACAGAUUUAGAAUUGCUAAAUGUAGUGAAAAUAAGUUAUAUUUGCUACUUUGUACCCGAAAUUAUGUUCAUAACAGUUAGCCGCCAUUUCUGGUGGAUUUCAGAGGUCCACCAGUACGGCAGAGUACGGUGCCGCCAUACAUUUCUUUGUAAAGAUCGGCAUAUAAAAUUGCUUAUAAACUUGCAACAAAAGCUCA